UAUGAAAUACCACACAUGAGAUUAUCAGCCUUAUCGUUUCCACUCACUUGUUGGCGCCAUUUCUUUCUGUUAACUGCACAUAACAACAUCAACUCAGUUAUAACUAUGCUUCUCGCUUCACUCCACUGCCUUUCUUCUUCUUCUUCAAUUGUAGCUUACUGUUACUAUUAUUCCCUCUCUAACAACCGCAGGUUUUCUUCUUUCUCUUCAAAAACUCGAACUCGCUCGAGUCAACUCUGUAGAGCCAGUCUAAUCACCAGCCCUGACUCGUUCGAAGUUGGCAAACUCAUCGGCAGCUACGGCUUCAUGAAUGUUACUAGUUAUAAUUCAGGAAUGGAUCCAAUGAUGGAUUACUCAUCAUUGGGGCAAUUGAAAGUUCAAGAUGUCGGUGAAGGCGGUGUUAGGAUCAGGCUUUAUGAAGGUAGAAUAGCUCAGGGUUCUCUUCGUGGAACUCAAGUUGUUUUUAAGGUUUAUCCUGGACAACGGGCUGCUGGUAUAGAAGCUGAUAUGAUGGCAGCAAAUGAACUCAAUGCUCAUGCUGUACUUCAGAGCAGUUCAAAAGGUGUUUGUCAGAAUCUCUUGAUGCUUUUAGGAGGGUUUGAGACCAAAACUGGAGAACAGUGGCUUGCUUUCCGCAAUGAUGGAAAAUAUAGUGCAGCCGAUUAUGCAAAAGUUGUAAGUGAAAGGAUAUCAAAAAGCCGUUCUCUUGGAGAGAACUCUUGGAAUAUUUUUGAGCGACAGGAAAUAAUAAGCCGCAAAAGAUAUUUCAUUAUCAAGCUUCUUAGGGGUGCUAUUAGUGGCCUUGCUUAUAUGCAUGACCAUGACAGAUUGCACCAGAGUCUUGGACCGUCUUCUAUUGUUCUCAAUACCAUAAGAGAGAAAGAUGGUGCUUACUUAAUUCCACGGCUUCGGGAUCUAGCAUUUUCUGUUGAUAUUCGGAUUUCACGUCUAGAAGAAGGCCUUGGAACACUUUCAGAAGGACUUUGGAGAAGGGCAACUGCUGCUGGUGCCUUCACACUACUUGAGAAAAGGGCUUUUGGGAUUGCAGAUGACAUAUAUGAAGCAGGUCUCCUUUUUGCAUACUUAGCUUUUGUUCCAUUUUGUGAAGCAGGCAUUAUAGAUAGUCUUUCUUUACAAAGACUUUUCGAAAGCACUUUUAAACUUGAUCUUGAAGCUGCAAGAGAAUAUUGUUUAGCAGAUGACCGCUUGGAAGAAGCUGUCAAGUUUCUGGACUUUGACGAUGGAGCUGGAUGGCAAUUACUUCAGGCAAUGCUAAAUCCCGACUUCCGAAAACGACCAAUAGCAAAGGCAGUGCUCAACCAUCGAUUCAUGACUGGUGCUGCGCCUUAAUUGGCAAAGGCUGCAGAUUAUUUUGUGUGCAUAGGCUGAACUUUGAGUUGCAAAAGAUGCAGAUGCAGAGAUGUCUGAUGUCCUGAUAUGCAAAACUUUUUGUUUGAUGAAUUAAAUAAAUAAAAAAGUUUUAUGUGGCUGCUGGGAUUCGAGCCCAGGUCUCUACGGCCACAACGUAGAAUUCUUACCACUAAA